AAUUACAUAACAUCACAUCCACAUCGUCCUACUGUGUUUGGCUCCAAAGGCUGACAUUUUCACUUUGCAACUGAUCGCAAUUGACACUUUCUUGCUGUGUCACGCAUCCAAAUGUGCAAAACAUUUGGAUUAGUUUCUCACAACAUUGCUACCUUACAUUGUAUUCUUUGUUUCAGUCUUGCGCUGCCUAUGUGGAGAUAUGGGAAGAAGUCAACUGGAUGACAAGAACACUCCACGGUGUAGCGGCUUGAACUUUGCUCACUACAUUGUAGCGUCAUCACUCGUCAGAGUCCGGCGAGGCCAGUCGGUGGUAUGCAUACUUGGAGGAUGGCAGGAAGGAGACGUAACAGAGGCGGCACCAACCAGCAACAGGCCCCGCGGGGACGAAGAGGAGCCUCAAGCCGGGCUUUACGGGAACCGGCUGCAUUUGCCAAGUCGACUGGUUAUGAAUCCGAGGUCCCCCAUGAAAAGCUGACCAUAGCCCAGGCCAAGAGGGGCACACCAGCUCAUAGACCAGUGCGCGUGUACGCUGAUGGCAUAUUUGAUCUUUUCCAUUCUGGACAUGCCCGAGCUCUGAUGCAGGCCAAAAAUGUGUUUCCCAACACACACCUGAUAGUGGGAGUGUGCAGUGACGAGCUGACGCACAAGUUCAAGGGCUACACGGUGAUGACCGAGGACGAGCGCUAUGAGGCCCUGAGGCACUGCCGCUAUGUCGACGAGGUGGUGCGAGAUGCUCCCUGGACCCUCAGCACGGAGUUCCUGACGAAACACAAGAUUGAUUUUGUGGCCCAUGAUGACAUCCCUUACACCUCUGCUGGAUCAGAGGAUGUUUAUAAGCACAUCAAGGCAGCAGGAAUGUUUGUGGCCACCCAGAGAACAGAGGGCAUCUCAACGUCCGACCUGAUCACCCGCAUUGUGCGAGACUACGACAUUUACGUACGACGCAACCUGCAGAGAGGCUACACUGCCCGGGAACUUAACGUUGGAUUCAUUAACGAGAAGAAAUAUCGCCUUCAGAACCAGGUGGACAAGAUGAAAGAGACCGUCCGUACAGUGGAAGAGAAGUCGAAACAUUUUGUGUACAGAGUGGAGGAGAAGAGCCAGGACCUCAUCCAUAAGUGGGAAGAGAAGUCACGGGAAUUCAUUGGAAACUUUCUGGAGCUUUUUGGACCAGAUGGAGCUUGGCACGCUAUUCAGGAGCACAGUGGACGAAUGCUCCAGGCUCUGUCGCCUUACUCAUCCCCUCGUGGCUCCCCCAGCAGCAGUCCCACCAGAAUGCGCUCAGGCUCUCCUGACUCCUCCUCAGCUUCCUCCAGAACGUCUCCCUCCUCCACUUUACCACCUGCCUCCCCAUCCACCCGCCGCCACUGAAAUGGGAACACUUUUCUUAGUCAAGGCUACCUCCAAAUGUGCAAAUCUGAAUUUAUGGUCUUAAUGCUGGAUCCAAUUUUUUUUCCAAGUAUGAUUCAAAGUAUGUCAGAGAAUUUCCCUGCUGAUUCAACUCAAUAAUAAUCGCUAUUAAUUUGUUACUGGUUUAUUUAAAUUAAAGUACAACACAUUCGUU